GUGAGAUGCCUCAGCUUUGGGAGUUGUAAUUUGCAUUGGUGGUUAUCCUAAAUUCUAACAAGCCGUCUCAAUCUAGUACAACUUUCAACUAACCAUCAGUGAAGCUAUAUAAGGAUGGACCCAAUUGGAGGGAGUGAACCAUCUCCCAGGAAAAUGAUGAUUGCAAUUCUAACUCUUGUGCUCUGUCUCUUAUCACUUAAGGAUUUUGAAGUUCAUGGAGGCACACAAGCAAAUUGCGAUUUCUUCUCUGGGAAAUGGGUCCAUGAUCCCUCCUAUCCUCUCUAUGCUGCUUUAAAAUGUCCUUACAUUACCAAACCAUUCGAUUGCAAAGCAAAUGGUAGACCAGAUUCUGAUUAUCAGGAGUGGAGAUGGCAGCCAAAUGGCUGUGAUACUCCAAGAUUCAGUGCCAGGGGCUUGCUGGAGAAGCUGAGAGGGAAGAAAUUGGUGUUUGUUGGUGACUCCAUAACCCAAAACCAGUUUCUGUCCCUGAUCUGCCUUGUCUCUGAAGUGUUUCCAACUACAUUCAAUCCCAGGAGUCACAUGAAUAAUAGAUUCAUUUCUACUGAAUAUAAUGUUUCGAUUGAGUUUUCAUGGGCUCCAUUUUUGGUUGACCUUGAGACAAACAAUGAGGGGAAGAGAAUUCUUCACGUGGAUGAGAUUCAAAGCAACUCUGCUCAUUGGAUAGCUGAUGUCCUCAUCUUUGAGUCAUCUAAAUGGUGGCCAGAGGUUUUGGGCUCACAAAGAUGGGACAUAGUCAUGGAAGGCAACCAAAGCUAUACCAACAUGAACCCAAUGGUAACUUACAGUAAGGCACUGACUACAUGGGCACAAUGGGUAUCUUCAAAUCUGGAUCCCCAAACUCAGGUCUUUUUUCGCAGCACCUCAUUCAGCCAUUACAACAGUCAGAGAAGAUGCGACAGUGAGAAGGAGCCCAUUGAAGAUCCCUCAUACGACCCUCAGCCAACUGCUCAUGCGGCCAUACUCCAGCAAGUUCUGAGCACCACUAAAUUUCCAGUAAAAUUCUUCAACAUCUUCCGUAAUUCAGUAUUUCGCAAAGAUGGGCAUCCAUCAAUGUACACGAUCCCUAACAUUACAGAACCUGAGCACCAAGAUUGUACCCACUGGUGUUUAUCAGGCGUUCCCGAUAGCUGGAACCAGCUACUAUACGCGAUCUUAUUGGGGGCCUAACCAUUACAGCUCACUGCUGAUUCAUUGAAUUUUACUAUUCGAAUCUGUUCUUCAUCUGUGCAAUGAAAAAUAAAAUCUAAUUUUUCUGUCUC